AGGGCGGGCUUUCACAGUUGACAGCCAAUGACGUGUCACGUUUGUGAUACGUUACUUAGCAUUAGUUGCAUCCGGGUGAGCAUUUUGAGGUUUGCUCAGGUUUUUGCUUUGAAACUUGGCUAUCGGUCUUCAGGAUGUACGGAUCGUUUAGGCUGGUAUUGCAGGUGCUGUCGGCCCAGCUUCUCUGUGUGUGGGUGCUGGGCUCCGAGCUAACUUUCGAGCUGCCAGACAACGCCAAGCAGUGUUUCUACGAGGACAUCACCAUCGGCACCAAGUGUACACUUGAGUUUCAGGUGGUAACAGGCGGCCAUUAUGAUGUGGACUGUCGUUUGGAAGACCCAGAAGGCACUACACUCUACAAGGAGACGAAGAAGCAAUAUGAUAGCUUUACCUUCACCGCAGCCAAGAACGGAACCUACAAGUUCUGUUUCAGCAACGAAUUCUCCACUUUCACACACAAGACCGUUUACUUUGACUUCCAGGUCGGCGAUGACCCUCCACUCUUCCCCAAUGAGAACAGGGUCACUGCUCUCACUCAGAUGGAAUCAGCCUGUGUGUCUAUCCAUGAGGCCCUAAAGUCGGUCAUUGACUACCAGACUCACUUCCGCCUCCGUGAGGCCCAGGGACGCAGUCGGGCAGAGGACCUGAACACCCGUGUGGCUUUCUGGUCCAUCGGAGAGGCCCUUAUCCUUCUGGUGGUCAGCAUCAGUCAGGUGGUGCUGCUGAGAAGCUUCUUCUCUGACAGGAAAACCACUACAACACGCGUAGGAUCGUAACAGUCUCUGAGCAACGGGAUCUGAUACAGCAUUUUUUUGUCUGUUCAUUGACUAGUGUGCAUAGAGUAGGUCUGAAUAUCAGUGCUGAUCUGAAAUUAGAUCAUAUCAAACUGCCAAGUCGUACAAUCUGACAUGUCAUCCUGAUUCAGCACUGGUAUUCUUACAAACGUUAUGCAAAUGAGUCUUAAGCUAAAUGGUUACGUAUGUGUAAAAUGUAUUUGAGGGGUAAAAAUAGAGAACCUGAAAAAAAGGAUUUCUUGCGUUGCUUAAAAUGAUCUGCAUUGGAGGCAGUUUAAGGUCCUAUAGUUGAAGUAAACUUUACAAAUGCGUUUUAAUUUGAUUUGUAUCUUUACCCCUGGCAUCUCAAAUUCUCCACACCUCGUCUAUUUCCUCUUUCAGCCAAAAGUGUGCACUGAAUUUACCAAGAGGGUUGAAUAUGUGACUAAACCUACUCAUAAUGUAAGGGUUGUGACUGUAUAUUUCCUUAUGUGCAUAGCAAUAGGUUUCUUAAACCACACUGGCAUGGCAAAGAGUGUUUCCCCAUAAAGGUUGCAAUUGGUUUUGAAGAAAAUGUUGCUUCUUUCUUUAUUAAACCUCACUGUGUUGAGUUAGAAACAGUAGAUAAUGUGUUGUUUUAUCAUCUUUGUCAUUUAAGAUGAGUUGGUGUAUGUUGUAUAGAUUAUAGCCAUCUUUUUAUUUUGAUACAAGUUUGUAUUUGGGCCAGAUGAUUGAAUUUAAAGAUACACAUAAUUUAUCCUAAAUAACUGCAGACUCAAUUUUUAAACAAAAAUAAAUAUUUAUUGUUUUUUUAAUUUUGGAUACUAUUUGCUUGAUUACACAUUUAGGUAAAGGCAUGUUUCAAUUUGAACACAUCUCGGUGAAUUCUGUACUGCAAAUGUUAUAAUUGUCUUUGUGACUGUGUGGAAGGUGAAAAAGAAAUAACAGAUUUUAAAAUGUUGUUUUAAAAGGACACAUUUUGUGUGUUGAGUGGCAAUGCCAGCAAUUACAAGUACAGCAACUUGUUAUAACACGUGUCUUUCACUGGUUCCUCUGCAAUGUCAUUUAUAUAGUUUUGCCUUUGCUGUUUAAAGUGUAACAACUCAUUUGUAAUGUAGGCUAAUUUUGCUCUCGAUUAUAAAUUAAAGUUGUUCUGCAAAAUAUUGCUUCUAUAUAUGAGGAAAAAUACUUAAACAUUAAAUCGGGUCUGGAUCUGAAACUUAGAGCCUGCAGAAAGUCCUGCAGGUGGUGUAGUAAAUGGAGGCUUAGUUACAUCUAGUGUGGCUUAAGCCAGGAAUCAUGUGAAAGUCGGUGGGUCAUUCUUUUAUCCACGACUUAAACACAAAAUCUGGCAGCUCGCAGCCAGUGGCCUGAAGGAAACAUUAAAUAUCUGAGUAAAUUGAUUCAUUUUAAACUCCACCUGCAAAGUAGACAAGUUCAAAACAUAACCUGGCAAAUCCAAAUCAUCACUGUUGUAAUGUGAGAUCAAUAUGACCUUUAUGAUACUUUAUAUUUGACAAAGACAGACUUUUAAAAAUCUAAACCACUGAAAAAAAACAACAAACUCAACACUUCAGAUAGUGCUACAAGUCUUGUUAAACUGUCAGAACUGAUGCUCAAAACAACUAUACAAUUGUAUUCUAUUGAUUUAUUAUUGAUCUUUUUGUGUUUUUUGGUGUGCUACUAUCAAAUGUUAAUUGUCUGUUGUGGUAGGUGUUGCAGUGCUGGCGUUUCAUUUUAAGGUUUACACUGUAACGGCUCAUCUUGAACACAACAUCUUUUGUAAAUCAUUCUGGAAGCUUACUUUAGUUGGGAUGGCUGAAUAAACUUUCUUUUCGAUUGUC